AUGGUUGCAUUCUUGCUGCUAUUCAUUACAUUCAAGGUCACAGUACUUCUCGGUCAUAAUGGCGCCGGCAAAAGCACGACAUAUAGUAUGAUUUGUGGUUCAACAAGUAUGACAACAGGCAUGUGCUCCAUAAUAGUUCAUAUACAACCAGUGCUUAUCAGUAUACUUCCGAGCAAUGAGCCAACAGCGGGAAUGGAUCCGCAUUCUAGGAGAAUCGUUACAGACUUCGUCAUAAAACAAAAGCAAGACCGGUGCAUUCUGCUGUCAACGCAUUACAUGGAUGAGGCUGAAGCCAUGGGUGAUUUCGUGUACAUCAUGAGCCUGGGACACGCCGUAUGCAGUGGAACUCCGUUUUUUCUGAAGCAAAAGUAA